CCCUGGCCUGGCUCCAGCAGCCUCGCUCUGGCUCCGCGCUGCCCUCUUGUACUGCCGGCUGGGUUCCAGGCUUGUUUUGUUUGCGACGCUGUCGUGCCACAGCGCGCUUUACGGCCGCAGGGACGGAGCGAGCCGGUGCCAGGGCCCCUCCGGCCGGGAAGCAGGACGGGCGAAAGAGGUUGAUGCCCGGCGGCGGGGCAAGCGCGGCAUCUGGCCGGCUGCUCACCGCCGCGGAGCAAAGGGGAGCCCGGGAAGCGGCGGGGUCGGCGUCCAGGAGCGGCCCGGGAGGCUCGGGCUCUAGCGGCAGAGGCGGAGCGGGCGUCCCCGGGCCGGGGAGCGGAGGCCCGGGGGGCUCCGCGGGCAGGAUGAGCCUGACGCCGAAGGAGCUCUCGAGCCUGCUGAGCAUCAUCUCGGAGGAGGCGGGCGGCGGCAGCACCUUCGAGGGCCUGUCCACCGCCUUCCACCACUACUUCAGCAAAGCCGACCACUUCCGUCUGGGCUCGGUGCUCGUGAUGCUGCUGCAGCAGCCGGACCUGCUGCCCAGCGCGGCGCAGCGCCUCACGGCGCUCUACCUGCUGUGGGAGAUGUACCGCACCGAGCCGCUCGCCGCCAACCCCUUCGCCGCCAGCUUCGCGCACUUGCUCAACCCCGCGCCGCCCGCCCGCGGCGGCCAGGAACCCGACCGGCCGCCCCUCUCAGGGUUUUUACCUCCUAUAACUCCACCAGAGAAGUUUUUUCUUUCCCAGCUGAUGCUGGCACCCCCACGGGAACUCUUCAAAAAGACACCCCGGCAGAUCGCCCUCAUGGACGUGGGGAACAUGGGCCAGUCUGUGGACAUUAGCGGGCUUCAGCUUGCCCUGGCUGAACGCCAGUCUGAGUUGCCAACUCAAAGUAAGGCCAGCUUCCCUAGCAUUCUCAGUGACCCGGACCCAGACUCAUCUAACUCUGGAUUCGACAGUUCCGUUGCCUCUCAGAUCACGGAAGCUUUAGUCAGUGGACCAAAGCCACCUAUUGAAAGCCAUUUUCGGCCCGAGUUCAUUCGCCCCCCGCCUCCGCUGCACGUGUGUGAGGACGAGCUGGCCUGGCUCAACCCCACCGAGCCUGACCACGCGAUCCAGUGGGACAAGUCAAUGUGCGUGAAGAACAGCACUGGCGUAGAGAUCAAGCGAAUAAUGGCUAAAGCCUUCAAGAGCCCCCUGUCCUCUCCUCAGCAGACACAGCUCCUUGGAGAGUUGGAAAAGGACCCCAAACUUGUUUAUCAUAUUGGCCUCACUCCAGCCAAACUUCCUGACCUAGUGGAAAACAAUCCUCUAGUUGCUAUAGAAAUGUUGCUGAAGUUAAUGCAGUCAAGCCAGAUCACUGAGUAUUUUUCAGUUCUGGUCAAUAUGGAUAUGUCAUUACAUUCGAUGGAAGUUGUAAAUCGACUAACCACAGCUGUUGAUCUACCUCCUGAAUUUAUUCACCUUUAUAUAUCCAAUUGCAUUUCUACCUGUGAACAAAUUAAGGAUAAAUAUAUGCAGAAUCGUCUGGUGCGUCUUGUGUGUGUCUUUCUCCAAUCCCUGAUCCGUAACAAGAUCAUCAAUGUGCAGGACUUGUUUAUAGAAGUGCAGGCCUUCUGCAUCGAGUUCAGCAGGAUCCGCGAGGCCGCGGGCCUCUUCCGGUUGCUGAAGACCCUGGACACUGGGGAGACACCUGCCGAGACCAAGAUGUCCAAGUGAUGCCUCUUUGGGACCUCCCGUUCGUUGUUCAGCUGCGCUGUGCUUUCCUUUUUAAAACUGUCCAGACCCCAGUGAUUGCUUGGUUUAAUGCACAUAAACAUCACUCCCUCCACUUAAGAGUCUUGCCUCCCUGGGUGACUUUUCCCUUUAGAUGAAUUUUUGGUAAGAACCUGGAAGAAUGCGUCCUGUAGGUGUCUUGCUGAUGGCUAUCCACAGGGAAAGGUCAUCCCAAAGUCACUGCACUCGGGAGAUGAGGCCAUCAACAUUGAAGAGCAACAGGCUUGUUUUUGCUUAAGAUGUAAGUCACAGGCUUUUGAUAAGGCUUUAGGGAGAGUAAAUGAAGACCCUCUUUAAGAACAUGAAUUCCUGCCCCUGGGGCCUGGAGUCAUCCCGGGAUGGCAGUCUGACCCCUAAACCUCUCACUGGGCCCAGUGUGAGCCAUGGACACACGUGUAACCUCAUGCUUUCCUUUCACGGGGACCUAAGAGACAACAGAGUAAGCGCUUUUCUUGGGCUGCCUACCAACGUGGGAAUUCCUAGAAACCGCUUUUGGGGACUGUAAUAGCUGGUAGUUCUCUGGGCUUUCUCUCUUGAUGUUCGGUGCUCUGGGAGGACGGUCCUGGGGAGCUGUCCUCGCCGAGUGGGGUGUGUGCCCCGCCUGUGGGCUCCUGUGGGCUGUUACCCCUCUUUUAACUCUGGACAACAGUGCCUUACAUUAAAGUUUUCUAUGAACUCUA